AUGGACCAUGCGGGUGAUGAUUUUGGAAAUCGCAUUAAUGGCCUCGCGGCAGAGAGACUCCAAUUCUUUCAAGGUUGCGCUAUAGUGGAUCUGUCACAUCUCGCCUUUGACACGGUACCCUAUCAUGAAGACCGGAACUUAGAUGACAAGAAUGUCGCUAGGAUCCUGAAGAUUUUCAAGAUUGAGGGCUGCGGAAACCUUGAGCCAGAGAACAGAGUCGCUGCAUUAGUUGACGAGUCAAUUUUGUCUCAGACUCUCGUCGAUAGCAACGUCACUCCAUCGCAGUUCAUACAGAAUUAUAUGGAGCAGAUUUUCUCGCGAUGGUCCCACGUUCUCGAUGACGAUACUGUGCCUUACUUGGACGCUCCAUCGGUGGUUCUUCUGGAAGGGCUCAUGCCACACACUUCACAGCUGGAUCGUUCAAAAAUUGAAGAUCUGAUAGACUCAGCUAAGAUUUUUGCACUGUUGAAAGAUAGUGGUCAGCGAACUGCGCUGAAAGCUCGUUUGCUGACCGUACCCGGAAGAAUCAUAACACUCAACACACUUUUUCAAGACGCGAUGCUUUUUGAGGGCCCAUCAAAAGCUCUGCGUCUUCUCUGUCCGCAAAAGUUCAAAGGCUCAUUUGCGGACACAAUGCUCAAACAGUGGAGAAAACCACUUGAUGAUACUCCUUUACAAGCAUCUGAACAUAGGUGGACAACGGUACCAAAUCCCGCAUGUUCUUUCAUGUUUUGCUUGGUUCAGCUAUGGUUAUUCGCAAUGCGGCACUUCAUCUACCAACCAGAGCCCAGGGGAGACUGUUCUGACGGAUUUUCCGUCCGGUUUUGUUUGGUCAAAAUGGCUGAACUCGCGGAGCACCUUGGAUUCGAAUCUAAGCAAACGAGAGACCUCACUAGACAUGACGUGUGGGAAAUCAUUGCGACAAACAUAUUGAAGUCAUUCUCAGAGCAAGGUUUUGCCUUUUAUACGAAUGACCAGGCAAAAAGAUUUGCUGACCAGCUUCGUCGCGUAAUUGAUCGAAGUCCUGCAGACCUGGAGCUCGAGCACGACGAGCCUGACUUCACUACCGAUGACGAAGAUCUUGAAGCCGAGUGCAAAUUUAAUUUGCCAUCGAGAAAACAAUUCGAAACUGUCAGGGACAAACUCUUUCUGAAACAUAUUUUCCGUCGAAACGAGCAGAGUUCCAAGUACACCACUCCCCUUGGAGUGGUAAGAGAUACUCUGUUCUGCUUUUUAGGGGCAGGGUGCUUCGAUGAAAUUACAAUUCAUCUUUUUCGAUAUGGAAGUGGCGAAGGCGAGUAUGCAAAUAUAAAUAAGACAACUGAACCUCCUCAAGCUACAGAAACUCCUCGCUCCGAGAGCCAGUAUUCGCGAGAUCAAGAUGAGCAUAAUAGGCAUCCAGACACUGACUCUGACCACAUCAUGAUCGAGGAUUAUGACCUCGCUAUUAGCAACACUGAUAUGCCUGAACUGAGUCCGACAAUCGCUCCUGAUACACGCACAUGUCAUAUGGCCCCUGGGUUUGAGGAUGCAAAGUGGGUCGGGCCGAUGGAAGCAGAAAACGUGAUUAGAGUGUCACAAAAAUUCUCCGCCAUCAUGGACACGUGGAACAAGUCAAGCCGCCCGGUCAUCGUUUUAUACAUUGUCGAUGUGAAGCGAUAUUACAAAUUCGGCAUCUCAGGUGGGGAAAGCCUUAAAUCGCUCAUUUCCACUUUCAUACAAAGGAGUGGUGUUAUCAUGACCUAUGGCGAAUAUGGCUUUGGCGUACCGGACCUGCACAAAAUCACCCUAGGCAUGAUCGCCAAGGGAGUGCACAGGGACUCUUCGAUUAUAUUGAGUCCAGGGGGACAGUACUCGGAAAGCGACAGCAUGGCCAAAGUCACAAAAUCGACAAAUCUCUGA